AGAGAGGGGAGAGAGAGAGAGAGAGAGAGAGUGAAGAGAGAGAAGGGGGGGUGGAAAUCUCCGACCCAAAACCCUGGGACAAGAGGUACGGCAGGACCACCUCUCGGCGAGGGACCGACGGCUCCGCUCCUCUCCGCGCCCGCCCGCCGCCCUGCCCGCCCGGCCCGCCGCCCGACGUGGCUCUCCCCGGGAGGACCCGGGGCUCCUCCGCCGGAGUUGGAGGUGGGCUUCAACUUUUGCUCGCUAUCUUCGCCGCCGUCACCCCGCGGUCCCGCCGGGGACUUCUGCCCGCGGCAGCGCAUCCCCGUCGCGGGUGGGGAAGGCAGCCCUGCGCGGCCCGGCCCCACCAUGACUUCCAAAGAGGAACCCAAGCCCUCCUCGGGGGAAGAACGGCGGCGGAGCCCCUUGGAUCACCUCCCACCGCCGGCCAACUCCAACAAGCCCCUCACGCCGUUCAGCAUCGAGGACAUCCUCAACAAGCCCUCGGUGCGGAGGAGUUACACUCUCUGCGGAACGGCCCACCUCCUUUCCGCUGCCGAGAAGCACCCCCCGGCCGGGCUGCCCCUCUCCGGCCGGGCGCUGCUUUCCCAGACCUCGCCCCUUUGCGCCCUGGAAGAGCUGGCCAGCAAGACCUUCAAAGGGCUGGAAGUCAGCGUGCUGCAGGCGGCCGAAGGCCGGGACGGGAUGACGAUCUUCGGGCAGCGGCAAACGCCGAAGAAGCGUCGGAAGUCGCGGACGGCCUUCACCAACCAUCAGAUCUACGAGCUGGAGAAGCGGUUCCUCUACCAAAAAUACCUGUCGCCAGCGGACCGGGACCAGAUCGCCCAGCAGCUGGGGCUCACCAAUGCCCAGGUCAUCACCUGGUUCCAGAACCGCCGCGCCAAGCUCAAGAGAGACCUGGAGGAGAUGAAGGCCGACGUGGAAUCGGCCAAAAAGCUGGGCCCUAACCCCGCCGUGGACAUCGUGGCCUUGGCCGAGCUGGAGCCCAGCGCCGAGGGAAGGGGCAAGGCGCGGCCCGGGUCCCCGCCGCCGCCCCCCGCCGCCGCCCGGGAGCCCGGUGCCCCUCCACUGCCCCGCCCCGCCUCGCCCCCCACGGAGCGGCCCCGCAGCCGCCGGGACAGCGAGGAGGAGGAGGAGGAGGAGGAGGAGGACGUGGAGAUCGACGUGGAUGACUGAGGGGCGGCCGGCGGCCCCUCAUCCCGUAACCCUCCCCCCCAUCCCGACAGCUCCAAACCGGCACCCUCGGCCCCCCAUCCCGGCCCCGGCAGCGCGGCGGGGCGGCUGCUCCCCUCGGUCGGAGCGAUAAGCAAUAGAACCCCACCACAGACACACACACAUCCCGAUUAAUUUAGGGUAGAGUCGAUAUCCCUCCGCCUGCCACAUCUUCGGAACGGUGCAAUUACGGACGGCUUCUGUAUAAAUAUUUAAACGUAUAUAUUGGAUUUUUUCCUUCCCCAUUCUUUUUGAGGUUUUGAUUAUUAUUUUUUUUAAUAGCUAUCAGUGAUGAUUAUUUUAUCCAUAAGGGAGACGCAUAAUCUUGGAAUAAACUCGGCUGCCAGCAGAUGUUUGGGAAAGCAGUUGUUUUCAAAGACUUCCAAAACGAACCACUUUAGAGAAGAUUUAAGUUAGGCUUAAAACGUCAACAGAAAAGAAUUAGCCACUUUCCUUUCCUUGCAUGUUUCAAAUGUGCACGAACUAAUUUUUUUUCCUUUUAAAAAUAUUUUUUCUUCUGCAAUCUGGGGAACUUGGGGCUGGGUUAUAAUGCAAGUUGAAAAAUAUAUACUUUCUUUUUUUUCUAGAGCAUAGAGAUUUGUCUCCAAUGCAAUUUCUGCCUCAUUUUACCAAUUAAAAGCUAUUUUUACCAUUUUCUGCUAUUGUUGUGCUUUUAUUAAAAGCUGCC